UCUGAGUCCAGACACUGGAAACCUGUACUAUCUGGGCAGGAGAGGAGAAGAAACUCCAUCACUCAUGCACCCCGCACAAUUUUCUUUAUUGUCAUGAGUUAUUCAAGCUUAGAUCCUGAACAAUCUCUGGAACUGAGAAAUCAGAAGGUACUUGGCGAACCAGAGGAGCUCAGAGUUAUUUCUGUGAAGAUAGAGGCCAUUACGACCUUGCCAUUGGAAACUGUCCAGCCACUGUGUCUCUCUAGCUGUCGUCACUGAAGACUUGUGAAAGAGAGCGGGGGAAAAAAGAAGAAAAAUGUCCAACCCUUUAAAGCAAGUGUUCAAUAAGGACAAAACCUUUCGGCCCAAACGCAAGUUUGAGCCUGGGACUCAGCGGUUUGAGCUCCACAAGAGGGCUCAAGCCUCUCUCAAUGCAGGGCUGGACUUGAAGCUGGCCGUCCAGCUGCCGUCUGGUGAGGAACAGAAUGACUGGGUGGCGGUGCAUGUGGUGGACUUCUUCAAUCGCAUCAAUCUGAUCUAUGGCACCAUCAGUGACUAUUGCACGGAACAGUCCUGUCCGAUCAUGUCUGGGGGACCCAAGUACGAGUACAGGUGGCAGGACGAGCACAAGUACCGGAAACCCACUGCCCUGUCUGCUCCCAAGUACCUGAACCUCUUGAUGGACUGGAUUGAGGUGCAGAUCAACAAUGAGGACAUUUUCCCCACCAAUGUUGGUACUCCGUUCCCCAAGAACUUCCUUCAGGUAGUGAAGAAGAUUCUGUCCAGGCUCUUCCGGGUCUUUGUUCACGUCUACAUCCACCAUUUUGACAGGAUCACCCAUAUGGGGUCAGAGGCCCACGUGAACACCUGCUACAAGCACUUCUACUACUUUGUGAAAGAGUUCAAUCUAAUAGACACCAAGGAGUUGGAACCUCUGAAGGAAAUGACCUCCCGGAUGUGCCACUGAGGCCUGGACCUUCCUGCGCUCACCCAGGCCAAGCCACCUCAGGACCGCUGAACCCCAUCACUGCACCGGAGAUGCCGCUCAAGGGACGAUCAGAGACAUUUCAUAGAAAUAUAUUUUUAUGGAGCUUUCAACUUAAAAUGGAGACUGCAGAAAUAUUUUUUUAAAGAUGCCUUAGAUAACUAGUUUUUAUGGUAAUUUCUGUAAUUGUUUGCCACUAGAUGGAAAUGCAUCAUUUUUAGUCAGUUUUUUUUAGAGAGGGAAUGAGCAUUAUGAGAAAACCACCUGAUGUUUCAUCUCACUGACCGCCUUGUUGGGUGGCCCUAACUAAGCCUAGUCAGACCGUAGACUUUGUUGCUUCAAGUGGUUUUUUAAGAGGGACUUGCUUUCAGCAUAGCCAGGGUGUGGAGUUGGUCUUGAGACUGUAGCGGUGCCUGGCACUGGCUGUGCGGGAGGAAGGCUCACCCGCAUCCUGAAGGUACGGUAGGAAGUGCUUUGUUAGGGCAGUUAUUCCACUAGCUGAGAAUUAACUAUCACUUAAAUGUGCAUAUCAACUUGGCUCCUUGCACACUUCUCCAGCCCUUGUAUCUAACUGCCUUUCACUCCGUGAUUAGGCCUUUCUGUCUGAAAAUGUCUUCUGUUCCUUCCUCUGACUUCUCAGCUAGUUCACUGCUUGGGGAAAUCGAUGCUAAUCUCACUCUGUUUAUUCCUCUGCUAAUCUUUUGAGGUCAUUGCUCACGAAUGCCCGUUUCCUAGUUAUAAAGCAGGAAAAUACAAAGGUCUCCACCUUUCAGAGCACAUUGUGUCGAGGGCAGGGUUGCUAUAUUCGGGUGCUCUCUAUGCUGGGGCACUAAUAUACCUGGAUAGAUUUCACCUGACUUUCCUGUUACAUCCACUCUUAGCUGUUUGUCUUUCUCCACCUAGCGGUAGGUUCUAUUGAUGGGAAGCGGAGCUUAAGGGGGAAGAGGGAGUUAAAAUACUUCUGCUUCUCCUACUGAAAGGAGAUAUGAGGGGCGAG